AUGGAACAUGUAUCAACGCUCUGUGCGAUCAGCACUGUCGGUAUUGCAGCCACCGGCUUUGCGCUCGGUCGCGUCGAACCAACUCAAUCUCUAGAAUCGACUCAUAUACAACACGCUCCCUCGCUGACCGCGAAUACCACUCCUUUGUCCGACGCGAGACCUUUAGAAACGUUUGGGACGGCGCAGUCACAAUCUCCGGCUGCUGCUAUUUCCCCGGAAACUCAAGAAAAUGCAGCACCUUGCACAGAACAGGCUGGAAGUGGUAAUGCACCGCCCAGAAAAACAUCGUUCGCAGGUGUAAGGUUACGCCGCCGCGGUCAGACCUUGACCAUGCCCCCAGCACGAACUGAAGAAAGUCCACCGGCCUCUUCACAUGGUCGACGACCGUCUUCCUCUUGGAUACGGCGACUAUCGUUCCAGCCAGACAAGCGUUUCUCUCUACAGAGCCCGGAUUCUCCAUCGUUUCCGGAACCAGCCAGCCCAGCCCCCUCUCGUCUUUCCAGCCAUCGCAGAACGCCCAACAAACUCGUCAAACGGCCGAAGUCUCAUCAUUCAAACGGCAAUCCUUUUUAUGCCCACACCGUAUCUUCUCCUCUAAUACCUAGUGGGCUCCGUCGACCAGCAACAAGUUAUCAACGACCCGAAACCUUCAAACACAGGCCAACUCACAGCUUAAGCUUCGAACCAAGCUUAGCUCUCAGUCCUCUAGUCGAACCCAGUUCCGGCAAUCCACCCUCAGGAAAUGAGCCCUGGCAACCUUUCAUUGCCCCAAGCUCCAACGCAUCGCGCGAACGACUCGACCGUAGGUUUUCAACGUCAACAAAACCUAGAGAACGAGCCGUGCGAAGAAUCCUUCCGCAGCCUAAUGCCUCGCCUGCCCUUCUUCUCGCGACCUCUAUCAUCAAGAAGGAGGUCGCAUCCGAAACCCUAUCAAAAACACUCCCCAUAACCACACCCGUUGAGUUUCGCAAUCCUUUCACUGCGGAUGGUGCUCCACCACAGCAACUAGAGGCACAUUCAACAGAAGCAGAAAAGCAGGCCUUUAACCCAUCACAUGAAGAAACCUGUCCAAAAUCCCCUACAGAGGUCACGGCUCCGUUAGACGUUAGGGUUUUUCGCAAUGGCUCGUUCACUGGGCCCAAAAGGAGAGCGGCGUCGACCCCUCUGCCAAAUAUAGCAAAUGUGGAAGGAGCUAUCUGGGUGUCGCCCCGAGCACCCGGGAGACGUAACAUUACAGAUCCGACUGUCUUCAGGCGGCCACCGACGACGUCAAAUGGUGGACUUCCGGCUCUGUUCACUUCGGGGAUUAUGGGGUCACAAUCAAAAGUACUCUCACAAUAUCACAAAGGGUGCACCAACGAUUUAGGUCAGCACUGCUAUCGCGACAACGUACAUCGUGGCUCAACAGACGGAUCAGCUUUGUCUUCGUUAUACGGCUCGAUUCGUCGACGCCCUAAGCGCCAUUCAAUUGCCGCUUCUGACCCAGCGUCGACUGUCAUAGGCUCUGAUGACACUCGGGUCUUUACUUCUGGCGAUGAGGAUGAAACUGACUUCAUGAGCGAUACCGCGUUUGACUCUAUUCGCACUCAUAUAACGACCGACAGUGCUUGUUUCCAGUCCCCACGGAUAGAAACGAUCUUCGACCGGACACUACCUUCAGGAACUAAUGACGGGCUACCCACGGGAUCAAACGGUAUCAUCUCAGCCAACUCUCUCAUUCCUCCAACAAACCGACCCCUCGAUUCUAUUGUGGGAGAAGAAGUGGGAGAAGAAGCGCCCGGGGUCUAUAUUUUGACACCAGUGGCCCAAAAUCUCGUGGAUGUUCAUGAAGGAGACAGCGAAAUAUUGUUCCCAUCUGACUUGAGCGACGACGAUGAUUCACGAAGCAUAAUAGCUUCGCUGCCUGGAGAUAAAACUAUCCGCCCUUCUCUGACACUAGCAAAAUUUGAUGCACUGGCUCCGGAUAACACCAGUGACAAAAAUUGUGGACAACGCACUUCGAUCACUGAAGGAAUUAUGGGUAACCGUAUUCCGCUAAGAGAAACCGUUGAGCACGGAUCGAGCGGAGUCACCGAAGAAGCUCACGAUACAUCUCCGCGGAUGAACAUCUUCGACUGGUCUGAGCAAUCAAGAUCUGAUCGCGAGGGCACUGGGCCUGAUGGGCGUCCACGAACAGUCCACGGGAAACAUGGGCCUGGUAUGCGUGGUAGUCGAGCAUCCGGACGAAAACAACCCAGUACUCUUCAUUAUCGCAGCCAGAGCGUCCCUGUUGCCAGAGAACCCAUGGCAUCCAAUGAAUCAAGGCAGCCGUCGGGCAAAUUUGGGACCUGGGGCUUAGGCAGUAAGGGGGUCAGUGAAGACUGGGACAGUGACUUCGAGUUUGAGUUUGAGGACAAGGACAAGGACGAAAGUUCCAUGAACGAAAAAAACAACCCAAAAAUGGAUGCUAAGCAACCGAGUGUCAUAGUACCACAGGCGAUCAUGGAACGUCAAGCUAGUCUUCAUGGGCAGUUCGGACAAGUUCAAGAGUUAACUUUGUUGGUUGAAGAGCUGAAGCGAUUACGGCAUCAAGCCAGCUUUUUGGACAUUGUUCGGGGCCCAUCAAACGAACUCUGGAAAGAGGCAGAGGGAAUUGUCGAUCUAGCAACAAUCGACGAUGAUGAUAACAACCAAUCACCUCCUAGGUCUCCUUCGCUCACUUUCAGCUUCGAUGAAUCUGAGGGAGAAUCGUCCCAAUCGAACGAGCCUUGGAAACGUGUCAGUGGAGAUUCUUGGAGGGCUUCGAUUUCAGAAAAUCCAAGCACACGUCCGACAACGUCCCCCUAUCCAGAGCAGACGGUACCUUCCAACAAAGCAAACUCGGUUCUAGAUCUGAUCUAUCAACAACAUUUAUCCCACGACCCCACAAAUAGCUCUCGCUUUCCGAGGUCGAGGAAGCUUCCCUUCGACACGCAAUCCCUCCGCGAUCUUGUCGUUCGUGCUGGCGUUGUGACUCGUGCGCUAAAAGAAGUGGUUCGAAAGGCAGAAGGGGUUCCUCAUGGGUUCGAAGAAAACACACAUCCCUCACAUCCACCGUUCAGUCGCAUAUUCGAACAUCAUUCUCAUGAUCGUUUUUCGAAGUUUGAAACGUCCUGCAUUAGUUGA